CGCACACGCUGUCAUCUCAAACUAGUGACCACAUCAGCUCGGAAACCUCCGCCGGCUGAGAGACUGCUGGCUCAUCUAUCGUUAGCUUUUGUUACAAUUAGAUUAGUUUAAUCUAUAAUAGACAAUAAUUAAGUAGAAUUAUUACAUUCUAUAGUUGUUUGUUGACCUCGUCUUUGCAUCCCGCUUACAAUGGCUGAUCCUAAAUACGCAAACUUGCCAGGAAUUGCCUUUAAUGAACCGGACGUGUACGAGACCGGUGACCUACCAGAAGAUGACCAGGCUCAGUUUGAGUCGCUUGUACAAGAGCUGGAGGAGCUCUGCAGUGACAGUGUGGAGAGGAUUGUGGUCAACCCCAACGCAGCCUAUGACAAGUUCAAGGACAAGCAUGUCAACGCCAAGGGGCUCGACUUCUCAGACAGAAUCAGUAGGAGCAGAAGAGUGGGCUAUGAGUCAGGAGAAUUUGAAAUUCUUGGAGAGGGCUGUGGAGUGAAGGAGACACCUCAGCAGAAGUACCAGCGUCUGGUCAACGAGAUCCAGGAACUCACUCAGGAGGUGGACACCAUUCAGGCUGCCACAAAGGAUAGCAAUGCGGAGGAGCGCCUGACCCCGGUGGUCCUCGCCCAGCAGGCAGCGCAGCUCAAACAGCAGCUGGUUUCUGCCCACCUGGACUCACUGCUGGGACCACAGGCACACAUCAACCUGGCUGACCCUGAUGGAGCGCUGGCCAGGCGUCUGCUCACCCAGCUGGAAGUGGCCAAGGGCAGCCGUGGCAGCUCUGCAGGAGACAGCAAGCCCACGGCCUCAGCGAAGGGCCCAGAUGGAGUGGUUCUGUACGAGCUGCACAGCAGACCGGAGCAGGAGAAAUUCAACGAGUCUGCCAAGAUGGCGGAACUGGAGAAGCGUCUAGCUGAGCUGGAAAUGGCUGUUGGCUCAGGAUCAGACAAGCAGGGACCUCUGAGUGCUGGCGUACAAGGAGGCAGUUUGAUGGACACCAUAGAGCUGCUGCAGGCGAGGGUCAGCGCUCUGGACUCUGCUACUCUGGAUCAAGUGGAGGCCAGACUGCAGAGUGUCCUCGGGAAGAUGAAUGAGAUCGCUAAACACAAGGCUGCCAUUGAAGACGCUGAGACACAAAACAAGGUGUCGCAGCUUUACGACGUGGUGCAGAAGUGGGACGCCAUGUCCACCUCCGUCCCUCAGGUGGUGCAGAGGCUGGUCGCUGUCAAGGAGCUGCAUGAGCAAGCUAUGCAGUUUGGCCAGCUGCUGACCCACCUGGACACCACUCAGCAGAUGAUCAACAACUCUCUGAAGGACAAUAACACUCUGCUAACACAGGUUCAACAGACAAUGAAGGAGAAUCUGGGGGCUGUAGAAGAGAACUUUUCUGCACUAGAUGAGAGGAUGAAGAAGCUCUCCAAAUAAAUGGCGGCAUGGUUCAGACCAGUCCAGGAGAAGAGUGUAGAACAUGGACAAAUAUGAGCUGGCUGCAGAGCACCGAGGGGGAUUCAACUCUCCGGCCAUCCCUCUCAUGCUCUCUACUUUGCCUUUUUUUCACUGAGAGGAAUGUUGGAAAAGAUGGAAUAACAAAAAAAAAAAAAGGAGACCAAAUGUUCGUGUCCACCCUCCUUCUUCUUCCUUUCAUCAAAUUGAUAUAAAAUGAAAACACAUCUGUCCACUCUAUACAUGCCACUGAUUGCAGUCCCCUGUUUAGCUUAUUGAGUUUUAGGGUUGUUUUUAUAAUUAUUAGUAUUAAACUUAAGAAAUUUCUCUAUUCCUUUCAAAACGUCUCACCCUAUUGCCGAAUUGUACUUUAAACUUUGCUCAAAUUAAAUAGAUCACAGUUUUGGUGGGUUGAUGGAUGACACUUGUAAGGUGUUUCGAACUGUAUAGAAAGUGUGGUAGCUGGAGCGCCUUUGUGCGAGGGUCAGGGCCAAGUCAGGGAAGGACAGCUUGUAAAUAUGCCUGUGUACCUUAUUGUUUCUUCACACUCAGUCGCUUGUAACUAUAUUAUUAUGACUGAGACCAGACACCACGGACAAACUUUGAAUCUGCUUUGUCAUUGCCUACAAGUCAACUGUAUUGUACAUCUGUGGUCAUGGAAACGGAUCAAUAAAUAAAACUAAGUGCGAUAA